AUGUCUACGAUUUUGCAAUUAGUGGCCCUUGCGGUCUACUCCAUGGUCGUUUCUGCUUCUGUAGAUAAAGUUUCUUUCACGAAUGUUGGUUUUGGAGGUAGUUUCACCCCAGUUAAGAAAUUAUCAAACAUCGAUAGUGAUAGUUGUACUUGUGAAGUUGAUUCUGCUGAAUACUUCUCAGGUGCUAAUUCUCCAUUAGCCGAUUACUUAUCCGUUCACUUCAGAGGUCCAUUGACUCUAAGUAAGUUUGCUUUCUACUCUUCUAACUCGUUUGUUAUCAACAACAACAGAUCUUCUGAUGACUGGUCCAGAUUGGCUUAUUACGAUUCCGCUGACCAAAUAAGCCAAAACGUUACUUUCUUAACCAAAGCAGGCGAUGAUUCUCCAUGUUUGGGUAAAGCUUUAACAUAUGCUUCUGCCAACGGUACUGGUGCUGCCUCCGAUUCGACUAUUUUGGAAGACAACAAUUACAUUUCUUCUGAUUUGGAAUACGCUAUUUUUUCGAAUAUUUCCUGUCCAAGUUCUGGUACUGGUAAAGGUUGCGGUGUCUACAGAGAUGGUAUCCCAGCUUUCUAUGGUUUCUAUGGUGUUACUAAAAUGUUUUUAUUUGAAUUUGAAUUGCCAACUGAAACUCAAUCUAACAGUACUUCAUUUGAAUACUACGACUUACCAGCCAUCUGGUUAUUAAACGAUCACAUUCCAAGAACUUCUCAAUAUCCAAACAAUGCUAACUGUUCAUGUUGGGCAAGUGGUUGUGGUGAAUAUGAUAUUUUCGAAGCCAUGAAUGGUACCGAACAUAACAAUUUAUAUUCUACUUUCCACACAUAUCAAGGUAUUUCGGAUUUGGGUACUGGUAUCCAAGCUUAUCAAGCCUUUGCUAGAGAUACUUCUAAUGUUAUGAGAGGUGGUGUUAUCUUCGACUCCGAUGGUAACGUUGUUUCUUUCUUAAGUUCUUCCACCACAUUCGAAUCUACUUACAGCGCUAGCGAUGUGAUAGCUUUGGUAAAUGGUAUUAGCACUAAUGAAACUUACUCUUCUCAAUUAGCUUCAAUUUCUGCUGCCUCCACCACUAGUUCAAAAUCUAAAAACGGUGCUGGUUCAUUGUUACCAAAUAACAAUACUUUUAUGUACUAUCUUGCCACUAUUGUGACAACAUUUUUGCAUGUUUUUGUUAUUUAA